CUAUUUAUAGUCUUUCAGACCAAGUCCGUUGUAGAGAGAGGGAGGGGCAAACAGAAGUGAAAGGUAAUUAAAUUAGCGAAAUGGGGAAGUUGAUGUUCAUUGCCUUUCUACUUUUGGGUCUAACUCUGCUAAGUAGUUCCAUGCUCCAAGUACCCGUGAUGGCAUCGCAUGGACGUGGACGUGGAUCCUCCACCUACAAUGUAUAUAUGCACAUAUUAGGGCGGGCAUCGCAGCGGAUACGGUCCCGGCAGCCUCAAGAGCUUCCAAUGCCCAUCGCAAUGUACGAGGAGGUGCAGCAAGACACAGUACCACAAACCCUGCAUGUUCUUCUGCCAGAAGUGUUGCAGAACCUGCCUCUGCGUCCCACCAGGCUUCUAUGGCAACAAGGGAGUCUGCCCCUGCUACAAUAACUGGAAGACCAAGGAAGGAGGCCCUAAGUGCCCUUAGCCUAAUUAUCCAUCUUUCUUCUUCCUGGAAUUACCACAUACCCAACAAUUUUAUUAUUAUUAUUAUUAUUAUUAUUAAUUAUUUGGGCAGAAUAUUAGUAUUUAUUAAGCCCAAAGAAACAAUAUAUAUACAUAUAUAUAUUAAUGACAUUAUUGUUGUUUUCUAGUA